GUCAUCAGUUCCUAGGUUCACCUGGAGGGUGGGGCCGGGCGCGCUGAGCCCUCAGCCAGGCCAGCCUCGGAAGCAAAAUUUGGGAGCCACAGCGGAAUGACCCUUCGACAGGACAAACCGCCCCUGAAGACCUCGAAUCGGGCUUCUCAGACGGAGUCCUUCUACCCUGACACUGCCCCCGCCAUUUCCGCUCCGGACCCAGAAGUCCCUCCUCGGCGCCGGAAGUUCCGGGGCCCCGCUUCCUCAGAGUCGCCCACCUUCCGGACGCGGAGGCCAGGAUUUGCUUCCGGCCACGGGUGGGUUCCGGCUCUGUUCCCCGCGCGACCCGGAGCGCUGUCCCGGGAGCGCGGCUGCCCCGGACACCGGUACCGGCAGCUCGGGCCGCGGGCGCGCCAGGAGGGCACCGGUGCGGGCGCGAGGUCCGGGGGGGCCAUGAACGGGACGGCCAACCCGCUGCUGGACCGCGAGGAGCACUGCCUGCGGCUCGGGGAGAGCUUCGAGAAGCGGCCGCGGACCUCUUUCCACACCAUCCGCUAUGACUUUAAGCCGGCAUCUAUAGACACUUCCUGUGAAGGAGAGCUUCAGGUCGGCAAAGGAGAUGAAGUCACAAUUACGCUGCCGCAUAUCCCUGGAUCCACACCACCGAUGACUGUGUUCAAGGGGAACAAGCGGCCUUACCAGAAGGACUGUGUGCUUAUUAUCAAUCACGACACUGGAGAAUAUGUGCUGGAAAAGCUCAGCAGCAGCAUCCAGGUCAAGAAAACAAGAGCUGAGGGGAGCAGUAGAAUCCAAGCCCGAAUGGAACAGCAGCCUGCGCGUCCCCCACAGCCAUCACAGCCACCACCGCCUCCGCCACCUGUGCCAUUCAGAGCUCCAACAAAGCCUCCGGUUGGACCCAAAACCUCUCCCUUGAAGGAUAACCCCUCACCUGAACCUCAGCUGGAUGAUAUCAAAAGAGAGCUGAGGGCCGAGGUGGACAUCAUCGAACAGAUGAGCAGCAGCAGUGCAAGCAGCUCCUCAGACUCCGAGAGCUCGUCAGGAAGCGAUGACGACAGCUCCAGCAGUGGAGGCGAGGACAGCGGCCCCGUGUCCCCUCCGCAGCCGUCACACCAGCAGCCCUACAACAGCAGGCCGGCCGUCGCCAAUGGAACCGGCCGGCCGCAAGGAAGCAACCAGCUCAUGUGCACCCUCAGAAAUGACUUGCAGUUGAGUGAGUCUGGCAGUGACAGUGAUGACUAGAGCCGGACCUUUUGAAAUCAACUUUUUGUGCACAGAUCUGCUGCGAGACUGGGCUGCUUUAGCGUGGAGUCCACGCCGAGAGGAAAACGUGGGGAUCAGUGACUGUAGGAGGAGUUGGAGGCUCUGGAGCGCUCAGAUGUGCAUGUCUUUAACAUAGCGGUGAUGGGUGAUUUUCUUGUGUAAUUUUUGAACAAUGUCAUGUUUCAAAGUUUUAAGUAGAUCUAUAGCAGAACUAACAGAAUUAUAUCUCUUAUUUGGUUAACACUGUUAACGAAAAACAGACAAAUGUGCCCUGGUUUAGGUUACUCAAAGGCCAUUUCUUCACCUAGCCAGUGAUCCAGUUGUAAACCUCAGCAGCCACCAGCUUGGCCAAAUGGUCUGCACCAGUGAAAUGAAACACAGUCUUUGAGGGGUGGGCAGGGAGGGAAACCUCAAACUGCAGCAUAGAUGCAUGUUUAAACCACUUUCAAUUAUUGACACAAAGUGGUGAGGAAGUUCUGUCUGACCCAGCCUGAGAAGCCUGUGUAGAAACGGACUUCAGGAUGGAGUCCGAGAGGGUCAGCUGGGGGGACCUCGGAGCUCUGCUGGCUCAGCCCCUCGUCUGUGCAGUGCUGGUUUAGGGCUAGUGUCUUGCCCCCAGUCCGGGCUUUUCCCACUGCUCCCAACCCUGAAUCUCACUUACUAGAACCAGAGAUUCUAGUUAAGUACACAUGGGACUUAACAGUUGUGCAUUGGAGCUUUUAUUGGAUUCCAAAAGGAAGAAGUGUUGGCUACUUCUAGCUCCAGUUUAGAUCCAAACAGUCCCUAAGUACAUGAGGCUAGGGGAGCAGAUUAAACCAGCAGCCGCUGUGCUGAUGCAUGUGACUCGAUUAAAUUGAGGCUUUUAGUUCCAUGUGGAUCCAUAAUGAGUGUGUUUCUUUCAGUAGGUUUCAGUGGGGCACUAGGAAUGGUAGAGAGGUGAGGUGAAGAAGCCUCUUUGAGCAAAUGAGCUGGCAGCCGGUUUCCAGACCAGAAUCUGGAUAGGAGUCGUGCAGUGUGAAACGAGCACAUGUUUUGAUAAGGUUUUUCUGUUCAUGCUUUUGUACCACUGUUUGUGCCUGACUCCCAGACUGAUUUGUAUUUAUUAUAUGCAGCUAGAAGAAAGUCACAGGUUGCCGUCUGCACUGUGCAGUUUCCAGAUGAAUCUGUUGUUGCAGGAAACUGGUGACUAGUAAAUGUUCUGUAUGCAGCAAAUGUGUGAUAAGUCGUCCCAUAAUUAGUAUGGAGUAGCCCAUUUCUCUAAUUAGAAUGACUGUGUCCUGAGAAAUUUCUGUCUCCUUUGGUUCAGUGGUAUAAAGAAUAUUAAGAGUGAUUUUUCUUCCUCGAGGUGGCCUCUCCCUCCCCAGCUAGUGGAGGGAAGCAGUCUGGACCUAGAAAGAAAUUAGAUGAUCCAUGGUGGGGGCUUAGAGCUGAGCCUUGCAGAGUCACCUUUUAGACCCGCACAGUGACUCCAGUGAGCUGGAGAAGGGGGCCUGGUAGCACGCUCACGCCACUCUGCCAGGUGCCACUCAGGGGUCCACGCCAGUGCCCUGUGCUGGGUUCUCAGCCUGUUAGGAGACUUCAGUGGAUUUCAUGGCAUGUAGGAACUUACUUAUAAUGAAUUGAUCAUUACAUUUUAAUUCCUUGGUAAUGAAAGCUCAGGGAAGCCAAAAGGUCAUGGUUGGGAGACUUGAAUUGCUACUGGAUGUGAGAAUUGUUUCACUGCUCUUAACUUGCUCGCUGGGGCAGGUUCCAGGAACUUGAACUAUAAAUACCUAUUUAAGCCUCUCUCUUUUUUUUUUCCCUCCUAGAGUCUUGAUAUAUGUAGACAAAACUGCGGUUUGGGGCCUGUCGGGUCAAGAUGUUUGUUUCUAUAGGAAGUGCUUGCAGGUGGCAGUGGGCUUGGCGAGUUAGGCUCGCUGAGCUCAGACCCUCUCCCCGGCAUCCAUCCUGCCCAGCCCUGCACAGUGGUAACAUCUGCUAGCACAGCUCCCGUUUUGUUCUCUGCACAAAAGCUUUUGGAGGUUCCCUCCCCAAGCCCUCAAGCUUUACCCAGCAGAGUAAGGAAUCUUUUCUUUUUGGAAGUGAAGAAUCUGGCCUCGUAAACUACUUCUCACGAGUGCCCUCCUGCCAGCCAAACUGGACUUGUUCUUCCUGCCUCCGUGCCUUGUCACUCUCCCCUCCACCAGCCCCACUCAGGGGUCUCUGUGGGUGCCCCCUUCAUGGACUCCUCCUCUGUUGGUUUCACCAGCUGGAGUACUGUGUGCACACUCGGACCUUCCUCUUGCUCGAGCUCUGGUUGGUGUGAACUCCUUCAAAGCAGGCACCGUCGUGGUCAUCUCUGUUCCCUGGAGGAUGCCCAGGAACAGACCUGUAGAUGCUCCCAGCCUGGUGGGAAGGGAGCAGAGAACCAGCCAGUGGAGCACAGAGGGCAGACGUAGAGGAAACAUUCCAGGUGUUUGGAGACAGCUGGAAGCUAUCCAUGCUGAUUUUCGUGGUUUUGAAGUCUCUAACUGAGUUGUUAAAAUUGCCUUUUCUUUGUUCUGUGUAACGUCUGCCGCGCUGUGGUUCGAACGGCGAGGUGUGAAGACUUAAGUCCAAAGCACCUGAGGAGCCAUGGCAAGCAAGCCACAGUAAAAACGUGAUUUGGGGAAACUUAACAAGCUAGAGGUUUCUCAUGAUGCCACUCAUUUCUGUAGCAGAGUCAUAUUUUUCUAUGUGUGGUAUUAAUAUGUAUGUGCUUCAGUGGUGGGAAAACUUGAAAAUUCCAAAAUCCUUAUUACUUCCCUAUUUGAGAGGCUGGUUAAGUAGGGUGUGGUGCGGUGUGUGUGUGCGUGUGAUGUAUUUAUUACAUUAUUUUGAGAGAGUAACCGUCUGUUAUGUGGAUAUACAUUGGGUACAGCCAAAUUGAAUAUUUCCAUUUGGCGAGGAAGGUAGGAUUCAUGAAACUCAGGCCUUAACCAGUAGGCUGGAUGACAAGACCAAUUGAAGCGUUAUGAAAUGUCUUUUUGUUGCUUCUGUUAUCUUUGUCUUGGGUUCAUUGUCUCAUUCUUUAAUGAUUAUUAAAAUCAUGUGCCUGAAAGUUUAUUUUGCUUGAUUAUGAGGUAGACAUGCACGUUUAUAUUUAUGUAAAGUAUUUGCUGUAAAGUGUUUUUGGUUUAUUCUCUUAAAAGAUCACUAUAUUUAAGUAAAAAAUGAAGGUCAGCAAUACA